AACCUAAAAGAAGAUGUUUUAGUAUUUACAUUACAUUCAUUUACAGUAUUUUAAGCAGUUUUAAAAUAAGAUUGUCUAAAAUUAGACAUUUGUAGUUAAGUUGAAAGUGUGAAUGGAGAAAAAUGUUGAUCAACCAAUGUUGGUCGAUCAACCUAUAUUGCUCAAAACAUUCCUUUGCGAAGAGCCGCAUGAAACGUUCCAAUCUGAAGAUGAGCUUGACAAUAUAUUAGAAGAAAAGUUUUUUCCUAAAGAAGGACAUUUAGAAGAUUGGCAAGUGUUAACACAUUUGUUAAAAGUAUUUAUUGGAACAGGUAUUUUAGGUUUGCCAUCUGCUGUCAUGCACGGGGGCCUAAUGCUUGGACCGGCAAUCCUUCUUUUACUUGGAUCAGUAUGCAUGUACAACAUUAAAUUGCUGGUUGAUACAGCCCAAAAUAUACGAGAAAGUCUUGGAAUUAAGCGUAUCAGUUAUUCUGGAAUUUCAGAAUAUUUGUUUAGCGUUUAUGGCAAAAGAAUUGGCAUGUUGGCAAGAUACGUUACCGAUUGUUUCUUAUGCACGCUUCAACUUGGUUUUUGUUGCGUUUAUGUUGUUUUUAUUUCGCAUAAUUUACAAGCAGCAGCACAUAUUCUUGACGUGCGAAUCUGGAUGGUUAUCAUUUUUCCAUUUCUUUUGGUUCUGUCACUAUCUGUCAAUAUUAAAAAACUAGCUUACCUAACAAUGUCUGGAAAUGUUAUAGCAUUAAUUGGUCUCGGAGUAAUAUACCAAUAUUUGUUUAGCCACAUUCAACUGCCAUUAAAACUUCCUAAUUCUAAUGGCGCGAUCAAUGCUUGUGUAGCAUUUGGUCAGAUUAUCUAUGCAUUUGAAGGAAUAGCUGUGGUAUUACCCACAGAAAACAAAUUAAAAACUCGAGAAUCUUUUAGAUGGAUUUUGCAAAUUACUGGAUGUCUUGUGAUGUUUCUUUAUUUUUCAUUUGCUGUUCUUGGUUAUUUAACCUUUGGAGAUAAAACAAUGGGAAGCAUUUCACUUAAUCUACCGCAAACAUGGUUGUAUCAAGUUUUACAACUUUUGUACUCACUAAUGGUUUAUUUUACAUACCCUUUGCAACUGUUGGUCUCAGUCGAAAUUAUAAACAGCUACUGCUCGUCACCAAAAGAACCUCUAAGUAAACUUCAAGAGUAUUUACUACGAAGUUCAUUGGUUGUAACAACAUGUAUAUUUGCCGUAUUUAUUCCACAAUUGGACCAUUUUAUGUCACUUGUUGGGUCUGUUAGUGGGGUCGCCGUUGGCUUAAUUCUUCCACCUAUUUUGCACACAAUUUGUUAUUGGAAUCAAGGGUUAAGUAACAUUAGCUUUGUAAUUAAUAUAAUGAUUGUGAUUUUUGGACUUUUUGUGUCGGUUGUCGGGACAGUAUCCACAGUAUAUUCAAUUAUGCAAAGAUAUACCAAUUUACCGCAUUCUACAAAACCUAUUGGAAAAUUUUAAUUUUGGCUUAAUGAACAAUUAAAUUAUGUGAAAAAAGAAAGUACAACAGUAAUAUUACAAAUUGCUUUUCAAAAUACCUCACUGUCAUUUUAGUAACUUAGAAUAAAAAACCUCUGUAACCUUUCGUAAUAAUAUGGAACAAAAAAUGUGCUUAUGAAGAUAAUUAAAUUUAAACUCAUUAAAAAAAGGUGAAAAAAUAAAAUAGAAGAAAAGCAAAAAAUGGAAAAUAAAAAUUAGAAAAUUAACGAGAAAUUGUGGAAUUAAAAUUAGCAAAUAUUUCAAAAAUUGUAUUUGUUUAAAAAUUGUAUGUAGGGGAAAGCGAGGCCAACAUGACGAAUGAGACAAUAUGGGUUUUCAUAUUACAACUCAACAAAAAAACUUAAGGUUGAGUAAAAACGAAACUGUAUUUGAAUCUUGUAUUUUAAAACACCAAUUUUUUUUUUAAAUAUUUUUAACGCAAUUUUAUACGCAUAAGUUUACUUUUUGCGCUUAAAAAAAAAAUCCUCAGUUUCGGUUUUUCAUAGUGGAUGAUGACCUUCAAGUUUAACUUCUUUAGAAGUAUUUUUUUGCGACUUGUGUUUAUUUUUUGUUACUUUA